GGCAAAACAAAAGUAGAAGAAGAAGAACGGCUCUACCAUAAAGAAAAACGUAUCCAAAAUGUCGGAGUACGCAACUGUCCAGAAAAGUUCCCUGAAAUUAAAAGGCGUUGGAAGCGUUUCAGCUGGGAAAAAGAAGAAGAAGAAGGAUAAAGAGAGUAAACAUCGCUUGGAGCAGGUCAGCAUGACCAAUCAAAAUGACGAGGAGGUGAAAACCAAGAAAGCCUAUGUUGACAAAAGGACACCAGCACAAAUGGCUUUUGACAAGAUGCAAGAGAAGAGGCAAAUGGAGAGGAUUUUAAACAAAGCUUCAAAGACGCACAAGCACAGAGUCGAGGAUUUUAAUCGCCAUCUGGACACCCUGACGGAGCAUUAUGAUAUUCCCAAGGUCAGCUGGACCAAAUAGAAGAGGACAUGUUCACUUUUUUUUUUUCUUUUCUGUUUUUUUGGACAAAAAUCUUGAAAUGUAUAUCUGUUCUUUGCUAAUCGUGUACAAUUACAAUUACAGUUUGGUUAGUGGCAUUCAUUUAUUUAUUUUUUGCCAUUUCUGAAGAAGAAUAAAGAAAAUGAGGAAAUAUAGUUUGUAUAUGCUUUCUUUUAUCUAAUACACUGUGUAGUUUGUUCCUGGUGACAUCAUUUUAUGACUUUGUGUAUCUGUUGAUGUUUUUUCUUAAAAUGAAAUACUAGGGUGUAAGUAAUCUAAAGAAAACUGAAGAUAUGCUUUAGAAUUCUUAUAUUGUCAUCAGACCUGGAAUACAGGACAAGGUACUGUAGUCCAUUGAAUUAUGGGAUUGGCACAUGUGACACUUGACUUGGAAGUUCCAAAACUAUAGCAACAAGUGAUUCGACAAAGCACUGCAUUGUUGAUGAAACGGAUUGACAAGCCCAAGUAUCAAACACAAUUAUGUGAAGUUUAGUAUAGCGUUUUAUCUUUUGAAAUACCUAAUGCAAAUCCAGUUAAAAAACACACAUACUCUUAGCCCAGGUUUGUGCAGAUGUGACAAAACUUUAUAUUUUUUCUUUCCCUAUGUUUCUUUCUUUGGAGUAAACUUGGUAACACCUGUAACAGGCUGCAUCAAACAACAACAAAAAUAUUAUUACACCGUAAGAGAGGGUUUGCUCAUAUAAUUGUACAGAACCUCUUGUUGAAAUAAAUGUCUCUGUUUUGUAGUGAA